UUGUUCUUCUCAAGUUAACUUCUCAACAAUUCUCACCAACCCUUUUCUCUUCAUCUUUUCACAUACUUAAUACUUCAUUAAAAACCUCUUCUUUUACGCAAAACGUUCAGGGUUUAGAGUUCAGGGUUUUCACGGUUCAAACAUGUUUAGAUCCAUGAGUAGAGGCUUUGGAACAGGGAGGUAUGAGAGAUUAGGGAAAGAAUCUGCAACAACAACACUUUUGCAUGAGGAGUUCAAGAGAAGCACAACAUUGCCUUCUAGAGCAUCAAAUUCUUCAAGUAAAAUUGCUCCAGGUUCAACUUUUGGUGACAUAAAACUACAAAGAAACCCAACAAAGAAGGCUAAUAGUAAAAGUAACAAGAAGAGUACUCAUCCACUUCUCAGCUUUUUGGAUUUUCGUAGGAAAAAGAAAACAACAGCUAGGCCUGAAUUUGCAAGGUAUAUUGAGUAUCUCAAAGAAGGAGGCAUGUGGGAUUUGAAUUCCAAUAAACCAGUUAUCUAUUACAAGUGAUUUAGUUUGCUUAAUUGUUUUGGAAUAAUUUAAACUUUGAUUUACUGAAUAUUGUUGGUAAUUUGUGUAAGAAAUUGGUUUUUGACCGAUUCUUAUAUGUAAGUUCAUGAAAAUUAGGUAGAAGAUUGAUAAACUUUUAAUUUUGUUAUUAAUAAUAUCAUUCGUCAAUUUGUUCAA